CUGAUAAUGCUGCGCGUACAGUCCGUUCCAUGUUUUCUCUGCGCCGCUGCGUGCGCGCUGUGUGUGCGCCUGCCCGAGUGCGUGCGCGCGCGCACGGCUGAAUGCAAUGGAGGCGACAGCAUCGGGAUUGUUGUGAAGGGUUUGACGAUGGCCCUCGCCUUGAGAUGAAGCUUAUUGGAAUGAGAAUGACGGCCGAGCGGAGGUGAAAGGCGCAGCGGGGGACGCACGCGCACGGUGGCAGCCAGACGCGUUCGCACCGGGGAAUACGUUGAGCUUCUACUUUUGGAAUUGCGCGACACUCAACGAAGGAAGGUGGAGCUGCGAGCUGCCGUAGGCGAGGACACCUGCACGCUGUUUUUUUUUUUCCCCUUCUUCUACUUCUUCUUCCUCCUCCCUUUUUUGGGGAAGUGUUUGCGCGGCCAACUGAACUCUAUGGGGAUGAAGGCGGAAUGUAUUUCCUGUCCUCUUUUUGCGCCUUUGGAUGACCGGAAAGUCACUCAAUAAUUUUCCGUCAACUAGUUGAACGUGUUGAGGAAAAGAUCGUUUAACCAUGCGAGUUAUUUUCACGGAGAAGAUGUGCUGAGUUUCUGAGGCAGGACUUGCCAUGUUCCUCCUGGAUGGGAACUGUACUGAAGGGAUGGAGAGAGGGACGGCUCAGAGGAAGACAGUGUACCGCAUCUCCCUCACGCUGGUGAAGAAGGAGACAUCGGAGGAUGGACAAGAUGCAUCGGAUAAGCCAAAAGUGGGGAAGGUGAGGGCCUUCAGGCAGCAAGCUUCACUGGAGGCCCCGCGCAGUGGCCUGCUCGAACAAGUGGAAGAAGUGGAGGACGAAUCUGAUGAUUUGUCAUCGCAAAGCCACAUGAGGAACUUCAGGACGUAUAGCACCGGCCAGCUGGAGCUGGGGAGGCUGAAACUGGCUCGCAAGCAGCAGCUCCAAAUGACAAAGAAAAAAAACGCCGCGUCCAUGAGUUGGCAGGAAUCUCCACCCAGACUUGAGGAGAACAUUUGUGCGAGGACGGACUCUCCUGGGAAUGUGGUGAGUAGCGGCGUGAUGAAGAUGAAGAGACUCUUCAAGUCAAAGAGUUUGGAGAAGAGCCCUGAGUCAUUAGACCACGGGGGGACGCCGCCACACCUAAACGGAACGUCACCUCCAAACGGGAUACCUGAGACUCCACCUCGGCGGGAACCCGCCGGCCUGCUGCGCCGCAGCUUCAGCUUUCGACACUGGACAGGCAGCGAGCGGCCACGUUUGCAAGCGCUAAUGAAGGACAAACAGCAAAACAGUUCCGCUCGCACAGAUCUGGAAUCCGCAAGCCCGAAGGUCACCCAGGACGAUGGCGAGUUCCAGAGCCCCGCCGCCCGCCCUCGCCUCGGCACCAUGGAGAAAAGCCGAACGCUGGAAGUCGGUGCCAUCCUGAACAAGACGGACCCCGUGUUUGACGUCAGCUGCUGGGAGAGCGCACACGGCGGGAAGAAUCGCACGCUGGACAACAGUGACCUCCAGGUUCUGGCCGCGCACAAGGACGGGGCGGCGCUUCGGAGAGGAGGACGUUCCGGUGAGAGGAGGCUGCUACGCUUCUUCAGCGGCAUCUUCUCCCGCAGGGACGGGACCGGCACCUGGACGCCGGUGGGAAGCCCCGGCGCCGUCCGUUCCCUCCGGCACAGAACCACUCCUCUGCAAUCCAGCACGGAGAGUGUGAACGGAAGCCCAGGCGAUGCAUUUGUGAACAGCCAGGAGUGGACUCUCAGUCGCUCUGUGCCGGAACUCAAAGUGGGCAUUGUGGGUAACCUGGCCAGCGGGAAGUCGGCGUUGGUCCACAGAUACCUGACAGGAACGUACGUCCAGGAGGAGUCACCCGAAGGUGGACGUUUUAAGAAGGAGAUGGUGGUUGAUGGGCAGAGUCACCUGCUGCUCAUCAGGGAUGAAGGGGGACCACCGGAGGCACAGUUUGCUCUGUGGGUUGAUGCAGUCAUCUUUGUCUUCAGUCUGGAGGAUGAGAUCAGCUUCCAAACCGUUUAUCAUUACUUCAACCGUCUUGCCAACUACAGGAACGCUGCCGACCUGCCCCUGGUCUUAGUUGGCACGCAAGACGCCAUCAGCUCGUCCAACCCGAGGGUGAUUGACGACAGCCGGGCCCGAAGACUGUCCAACGACCUGAAGCGCUGCACCUACUACGAAACGUGCGCCACCUACGGCCUCAACGUGGAGCGAGUCUUCCAGGACGUUGCUCAGAAGAUCGUGGCCUCUCGGAAGAAGCAGCAGCUGUCCAUAGGCCCGUGCAAAUCGCUCCCAAACUCGCCGAGUCACUCGUCCAUCUGCACCACGCAGGUGCCCAACGUCCCGGUCAACCAGACAAGUAACGGCGGCGGCAGUUUGAGCGACUACUCGUCGUCGGUGCCGUCCACGCCGAGCACCAGCCAGAAGGAGCUGCGCAUCGACGUCCCGCAGAGCACCAAUACGCCCACGCCCGUCCGAAAGCAGUCCAAGCGGCGCUCCAACCUCUUCACCUCGAGGAAGACCAGCGAGACGGACAAGGAUAAAAAAGGGCUGGAGGCCCGCGCCGACAGCAUCGGCAGCGGGCGAGCCAUCCCCAUCAAACAGGGUAUGCUGCUGAAGAGGAGCGGCAAGUCCCUCAACAAGGAGUGGAAGAAAAAGUAUGUGACGCUGUGCGACAAUGGGCUGCUCACCUACCACCCCAGUCUCCAUGACUAUAUGCAGAACGUCCACGGGAAAGAGAUUGACCUGCUGAGGACCACGGUGAAGGUGCCGGGUAAACGGCCGCCGCGAGCCGUGUCCACCUGCGCCGUCAUGCCCAGCCCCAAAACCAACGGCCUGACCAAGGACAUGAGCAGCCUGCAACUGGGACACAUUCCAGGUUCGGUUAGCAGCAGCUCGUCGGUCUCUCAGAUGGCGAGCGGCAUAAGCUUGAUGUCCUUUAACAACCGAGGCUCGGACGGCAUGGGCGGGCACCAGCGCUCGUAUUCCGUCUCCAGCGCCGACCAGUGGACCGACGCCGGCGUCAUCGCCAACUCGGGAAUCGGCACGGACGGGGCCUUGGGCGACUGCAUGUCUUCCAGUCCCAGCAUCUCCAGUACAACCAGUCCCAAGAUGGAGCCGCCGCCAUCGCCGCACGCCAACCGCAAAAAGCACCGGCGGAAGAAAAGCACCAGCAACUUCAAAGCGGACGGCCUCGCCGGUACCGCCGAAGAGCAAGAGGAGAACUUUGAGUUCACCAUUGUAUCACUUACGGGUCAAACGUGGCAUUUUGAAGCCACUUCGUACGAGGAGCGAGACGCCUGGGUGCAGGUCAUCGAGGGUCAGAUCCUGGCCAGUCUUCAGUCCUGCGAGAGCAGCAAAAACAAGUCUCGUCUGACCAGCCAGACAGAGGCCAUGGCGCUGCAGUCCAUCCGAAGUAUUCGUGGAAAUGGCCGCUGUGCCGACUGUGACUCUCAAAACCCAGAUUGGGCCAGCCUCAACCUCGGCGCCCUGAUAUGCAUCGAGUGCUCGGGCAUCCACAGGAACCUGGGCACCCACCUGUCCCGGGUACGCUCGCUGGACCUCGACGAGUGGCCGCUGGAACUCAUCAAGGUCAUGUCGGCCAUCGGCAACGAGUUUGCCAACAGCGUGUGGGAGGCCAACUCGCAGGGUCACCUGAAGCCUGGACCGGAUGCCAGCAGGGAAGAACGCGAACGCUGGAUCCGGGCCAAGUACGAGCGGCGUGUGUUUCUGGCCUCGCUGCCGUGCGCCGAGCUGUCGCUCGGCCAGCAGCUUUUGCGAGCGACGGUGGAGGAGGACGUGCGCGCCGUCGUGCUGCUGCUGGCGCACGGCUCCAGGCAGCAAGUCAACGAGACGUGCGGCGAGGGAGACGGACGCAACGCGCUGCACCUGGGCAGCCACAAAGGCAACGUGGUCAUCACACAGCUUCUCAUCUGGUACGGCGUGGAUCUGAUGGCGAGGGACGCCCACGGCAACAGCGCCCUGGCGUACGCCCGACAAGCCAACAGCCAGGAGUGCGUGGACACGCUAGCCCAGUACGGCUGCCCGGAUGAACGCUACCCGCUCAUGGCCACGCCCAACCUGUCGCGCCGCAACGCCAACCGCAACAACAGCUGCAGCAGCACGGGCAGCGCCGCCGGCGGCGGCAGCGCCUUCAUCUGAGGCCUCGUUGGGAGAAGCGUCGUCCUUCUUUCGGGUAGCGCCCGCUACUUGUCGUGACUCUGGGCUUCGCCCGCCUCGCCCGUCGGACUGGUUGAACCAAGUGACGAGCGCGGGGAGUACCCAAAGCAUGCUGGGUACUGCACCGGCAUCACUUUCACCUCAGACUCUGGAUGGCCGGUGUCAUCCUUCUCUUCACACACUACAAGGCCAGUUUGCUCUCAGGCAGCGUCACUUUCCCCGACCCAAGCAUAUCGUCUCCCGGCCCCGUGUCCGCUCCAUUUUUUCCCUAACUUCUGUGAACUAAUUUACCCGUGUUAAAUGUGACAAAUACGUACGUAACCUAAGGGGGAGAAAUCUGGCAUGUUUGGACUUUUUGCUAUCUGGACUGCUGGACGGGGAAUGUCGGAUCAGGCUCAGGGGCACGGUGGUUCAGCGCUAGCGUGCAAAUGGUGCUCACACGUCUUCAUGGUGAAGUUGACCGCAAAGACUUGGUCCCAACGCGAGCGCGGCGCCAUUUGAAAGGCAGAGGUGGAAGGGGCGGGGUUUGAGGUUGCUGUUUUGGAAUGUGUGAAUGUGGAAUGGCAAAAUGAGUGACUGAGCAAGAUUGUAAAAUAUGACUUUGAAGAACUCGCCAAGUAAUAAUGACUUGACUGGACUUGUCGAUGAACGUCCUCCCACCUCUGCUUGAAGGUACUGUGCUCGUGUCCCAAAAAGCGCCAGCUUUAGCAAAAAGUCCCGUGCGUGGAGAAUGCUAACCACUUUAGCAUCAUUUCAAAAACAAUGCUCAAAAAGACUGAUUUUUUUUUGGAUCUACACACCGUCCCUUUAACACUCAGUGAGUUUGCGUGCUUUCAUGUGUGUCCACUUCCUUCUGGAGCAAAAAAGGGAAUCUAACCUCUUCAGGAUAUCUUCUCGUAAGCUCCUGCUGGCCUUUCAGCUCGGAGCUAGGAAGGGCUUUUUCUUGCGUGCAAAUUAAUUUAAAAACAAUGUUACCGGUCCUCCUUGAGAUGUGCUGACAACCGCUAGACUGAAGGUGGUGCUCAUUUAUCCACGGCUUCAAGUUUAACCGCCAACCCGGGAGACUAUUUAUUUAUUUACUCUCUUCUAUUUUGGCUUCACUGUGUCAGGUGUGACAACUAGGAAGCAAGGCUGCAUUAGUGGAUGACUGAGGGCUACAAAGUGAGCUUAAUGGCCCAAAAUAGUCUCGCAUAUCUCAUUGAUUUGACUGAAUGUGCCGUUCCUUCGCUGUGUUUCCUCACCACGUGACUGCUGAGCAAUGGAGGGAACCGUUUGUCCGUUUGCCAACUCAACCCUCAACCUGUGUAUAAAUCUUGAGCUGGGUACACACGUGCUUCUUAUUAGACAACGGCAAGUUGUGCAAAUAGUACUGAAACACUGAAUCAUUUGGACCUGUGCAUUGAAAAGUUUGCAAUUCAAAGUUCACUUGUAAAGUACGUUUUACCUCAUCCUGAAAUCCUGAAACGCUAAUAUUUGGGCAGUUUGUUCAACUAUGACCUCCUAAUAACUGCUUAAGUUUUUGACUAUUCAGAUGUGAAUCAUCUUGAAAUACUUUCAAAGUCUCUCCCUCUUGGUCCAGAUGUAUGUUGUAGUACCAACAUUGGCCUGUGAGAGGUGCCACGGGGCAUACAGGCUGCCGGAUAAUCUAAAGUUCUUUUGGAUUCUCUAGAAGUAUCUGGGUUAAGUAUUUGUUUGUCUGCAAACAAGGCCCGAUUGGUAUGUGUGUGCCCAGUUUAAAGUCACAGACACUCUAACGUUGAUUUUUUUUUUUUUUUUGCCUUUGUUAUAACCCAUCUGCCUUCCUUCAACCUGUGAUCGUGGAAACCCCGCCCUCACCAUGAUGUCUCCUUAAAAUAACUUUUAUUUUAUUAUUUUAUAUUUUUUCAUGCUAUUUUAUUUAUGUCAAAAAAAUGCACUAAAUUCACUUAGCAUUAGCGUGUAGCCUUGAGGCUAUUUGCAAUUGGAUGCUUUUACUUUAGUUUUGGACAAGGUUAGCGGCUACCGUUGGCUUGAAGUACCCUUUGUUUUGUCUGUGCUGGACAUUCUUCUACUAUGCUAGCACAAGUUUAAAAAAAACCAGUGUGAAUAAACUUUUAUGUGGGCCAACAAGAGAAGUGCAGCUAGCUCUCAGACAAAAGCCGUUUAACGCUAGCCGUGACCUCAACGUUAGCUUGUUAGCUCGUCUCUCACGUGUAUUUUGUAUAGGUUGACCCCCUCAACUGGUUCCAAGUCCAUCCAUGUUUUUAAUAUUCUGAUUUCUCGUUCAGACACAUUAUUGAUGUGCUUGUGGUUCUAAUAAUUGUUUAGUUGGAUGUACAGUAAGAUAACAGAGAAUCUUCUACUGUAAUGUGUCUGUCUCUUUUCAAUAAAGACCAGAAUGAUGUUCACUCA